ACAACUUUGAACGUCCAGCCUACCAUAACUCGGUUGACCUCGCACGCCUGCAGGUCCAAAUCGCAGAAGCGUUUGAUAUCUUCGGGAGCUUGCAGCAGGGCUGAAACAACAAAAUUCAUAUAUCCUGCAGGAGGUUGAACAAUUUCAACAAAACUUCGCUCGCCUUCCCAAUCUUCCCCCUCAAACGUCUCACACGCCCACACUGCUUAGGACACGGGAAAACCUGACCUUUCUGAAGUCAAGAUAAGAACUGCAAGGCAUAUGCAGGAUACGAACGCCACUGCCGCAACGCCGACAGCUCCGAUGGAACUAGACAGAAAGCUAUCGCUGCUGGAAGCUCUACAGCUUCACGAGCUGGACUUGGAUCUCAAGCUACGACUCGGAGAUGACACCGAAACGACACCCUCAUCCGAGACCACAACUCUUAGCGAACGUCAAUCGAGUAUCACAAGCCCGCGAAGUAGCAUCUGCAGCAGCAAUACCUCCACCACAAGCGCUCGUGGAUCAACAGCGAAACCCACAAAGCGCGUCCGGUUUGAGGAAUCUGUGUCCUGCUCAUUCUUCGAGGAAAAUUUGGAGCACCUGGCUAGACCUCCACUGCAUAAGCGACCAUCUUUUGUCCAAAGAAGUUGGGACCGAAUCAAAACCCGCAACUCGUCCGUGGAAUCCGAAAUAGCGUUGGCAAGCAUUCCAGCCACCACGCGGAAUCCAUAUACCAUCACGCGUCGGAGCUCGUCCUCGGACUUGCUGGAAGCAAGCUCGAAUGCGGCAAAACGACCCCUACUUGCGCCAAAGUCGCUCUCCUACACCAUUCAGCAACCUUUGCGAGAGUCAGCUGGACGCAAGUACGAUGAGGCACAAACGAUAGCAUAUUACAGGACCAAACCAACAACCGCGAAAGGUGAUUGGGACGACCUGCUGGGUCCUGCGAAAACGAACACAAUGGCUGUAUGAGACCGAUCACGACAGACGACUUCCGCCCUUGUUUGGUUGGGGCUAUUAGCGAUGGCGUUGUGGGCUUGAGUAAAAUAGAUGUAUGACUACUGCAGCAUGACUGGCAAUCCCGGAGAGAAGAGCACGCACAUACCCGCUCGACGAGCCUAGAAGCAUAGACUAAUGUUGAUGAAGAUGAUUGCUGUUUGUUUGGGGCGCGCAAGUAACUGUACCAACAAAUCUGCAUCUGGCAAGGACAG